CUUAUUUUUCGUCUUUUUCGCAACCCUGGGAAAGGAGUCGAUCGCGAAUACCAAGUACACUCGGACUGUUCUUGUCGCAAAAGGGCAAAAUAUGGACCACAUUUGUCCAGAAUUCUCCUCUUCUACCCCUCGUGUCAAUGCUUCAUCGGGGUUAGUAGACGACGGUAUCGCGAUUGGGUGGACAUGUUGUCCGCUCGCCACUCCGAUGUACCUCCAGGGGGGAAUAUUUCUAGCCUGCAUGGAAUAUAAGUAUCAGCGGUCUGCAAAGCUAAGCUAUUAAUGGAUCAGCCCCCUCCUUCCAUCAGGUCCUCAAAUGCCCUGUCCUCUGCUACCUUUCGUAGUGCAUACAGUGCAGGCCUAUUUUCUUCCUUGCCUACCUCCAUCUCGGAACCUCAUGACUCGGCGCGUCAUUAUCCUGUGAUCGAAACCGGAAAGCGACGGAAAGCGUGGAUCCACGUUUUCGAAAAUGCCAUCUUUACCAAUGAUGAAAUAUCCAACGAAUUGGCUCCCCAGCGCCGCAAAGUGUACGUGUCGAGUCUCGAGGCUCACAUUGAUGCUUUGCAUGAUCAGCUCCUUCGAAUGGGUUGGUGGCCGGUUCCUGCGAAGGAAUUGGAACGACAUAAAGGAUUGAAUUCUAAAACUGCCAAGGUACAUUCAAUUGUUGGAAUACCAUAUAGCGUUUAUCUUUCUGCGUCAGAGUAUGGUUGCCACACUCCAGCACAAGGCCACGUUGACGCAAAUAAAAAUCUCUCAGUAUGAGAAAGUG